UCGAGGCAGACAUUUUUCAAUGCAAGAUUUUUCCUUGCAUAAAUUAUGUUCAUGACGUAGUGCAAAAAGGCCAAUUUUGUGGCAAUUUUGUCCGACUUUACAGCUCAAGUAGGACCUUGUGAGACACCUCAAGGAUUUUUGAUUAUCUGAACUGUUGCAGAAAGGGCAUCGUCAUUAAAUAUUAAGAGAGAGGAGAUCCUAACAUUGCAACCCUCCUUAUCAAUGCAAAUACCUCUUUUGUGUGCAGUCACAGCGCCUGUCUGGGAGCUGAGAUGAAUUUUUAAUUAUGUGUGACUGAAACAAACUGUGACACGGACCUUUAUAAAAGCGGGGGAUUACAGAAAAUAAGCUGCAUUUACGCGAAUGUCAGGAAAGCAGUGACUGUGGUGGUGCAGCGAGCCAUGAACUCCCAGGAUCACCCCGCCAAAGAUGCCCCACUUACUGUCAAUGAGCAGCCAUUCACUGUCUGACUGCAGAAGUCUUUUUUCAGCCAUUUAAAUCCUGCACUUUGAAAUUCCCUGCCAAAGACAACCAGGUCAUUGUGAUGUCUGGCCAUGAGACUAUUCGUGUGCUAGAGGUAGAGGUCGAUGCGUCUCUGCCAUCAUCAGCACCUGAUGGGAAGAGCGAAGGCAAAGCUGAGGAGGGAGUGGCUCGGCCUGCAGAGCAACCUGAGGCUGGCAGCACACAGGAUGGCCCCGCUGCGCCCCAGAGCACAGGCGGAGGAGUGCUGGGCGAGCAGCAGGUGGUAUCUGUAGAGGCUCCUGCCCCUGCUGUCCAAACGCUGACCUCUGCUGUUCCCGUCAGUUUGUCCCUGUCACAGCCCCAGGCCACCAUGCCCAUCACGGUACAAGGCUGUCCACAGGUGCUGACCCAGGAGAGUUUGGCCACUCUGAUGACUGGUAUGAUGGCCCAGACAGGAUCCCUGGGGCAGCCACUGCUCAUCCCCCUCAGUAUGGCGGGCUCCAUUGGUGGUCAGGGUGGUCUGGCUGUUCUCACCUUGCCCACUACCAAUGUAGCCACUCUCCCCGGGCUCACAGCAGCUAACACAGCCGGAAACCUUCUCAAGCUGCCCUUUGCUGGCCUCCAAGCUGCGACAGUCCUGAACUCAGUCCAGCCCCAGCUGCAGACAAACGCACAGACGGUGUUCCAGCCUCAAGCAACCUCCAUCCAGCCGGUGCAGGUGACAUCUCAGCCAACACAGGUAACCAACGCACAGGUUACCACUGCUCAGGUGGCGGCAGCCCAAGCGACCUCGGCCGCCACCACCGUCUCUCAGUCCAACAUAUCUUUAGCAGCACUCCAGACUGCAGGACUCUCCAUCAAUCCUGCCAUUAUCAAUGCAGCUUCUUUGGGAGCUCAGCCCCAGUUCCUCAGUUCCCUCACCUCCACUCCCAUCAUCACCAGUGCCAUGUCCAACAUGGCUGGCAUCACCAGCCAGAUCAUCACAAAUGCCCAAGGACAGGUCAUAGGAACCCUCCCGCUGUUAUUGAACCCAGCCUCUUUGGCUGGAGGAGCUGCGACACCCACCCUCCCCCUCCAGGGUCUCCAGGGCCUCCAAGGUCUCCAGGGUCUCCAGGGUCUCCAGGUCCAGACUGUCACCCCACAGCUGCUCCUCAACACCCAGGGCCAGAUCAUCGCCACAGUAGGAAAUGGAUCUGCAGUCGCAACUUCCGCUGCAGUUCUGCCCAAAGCUGCUGCUCCUCCAACGCUUACCAAACCCAUCACACAGGCUUCAGUAACAACUGUCAGUCAAUCACCGAUUGUCAUCGCGCCACAGCCGUCUGUACUGAAGACUGCCACCACGCUCUCCUCCACUGUGCCCAUCACCUGCGGAGACAUAGCAAAAGUGGGCCAGCUUGUCAGCAAACCCCAGCAGGUAGUAAGCAGCGAGGAAGGCAUUAAUCUGGAAGAGAUUCGAGAGUUUGCCAAGAAUUUCAAGAUCCGUCGGCUGUCCUUGGGGCUUACUCAGACACAAGUAGGCCAGGCUCUGACUGCUACUGAGGGUCCGGCCUACAGCCAGUCUGCCAUUUGCAGGUUUGAGAAGCUGGACAUCACGCCCAAGAGCGCUCAGAAGCUGAAGCCGGUGUUAGAGAAGUGGCUGGCUGAAGCCGAGCACUGGAACCAGAAAGGCCAGCAGAACCUGAUGGAGUUUGUUGGCGGCGAACCGUCUAAAAAACGCAAGCGGCGCACUAGUUUCACACCGCAGGCAAUAGAAGUUCUCAACUCCUACUUUGAGAAGAACGCGUUGCCAACGGGCCAGGAGAUUACAGAAAUUGCCAGAGAGCUGAACUAUGACCGAGAGGUUGUGCGAGUGUGGUUCUGCAACCGGCGACAGACGCUGAAAAACACAAGCAAGAUCAAUGUCUUCCAGGUUCAGUAGCGACCUCGUUCUGAGGGGGUUCGCCACUGAGCUUAGGUCGUUUUCGGAAGUUGAACUUUUAUUACAGCAGCACAGUUGUGGAUUGUGUUGUAAAUACAAGCCAGACUCCAUUCCAGAAAAUGAGGGAAAUAACACAUAACUCAAGUGUUGAUGCUGAUGACAGAGAACUAAAGAUGAAUUGUGUUUGUAUUUUAAGGCUGUAUAUGUGUACACAACUCCUCUGUGGUGGUAAAAAAAAAAAUCUAACUGCAUGGUCCUUUUAUCAUAUACAGUGAAGAUAAUACCGUGAUAAUAACAUGCCAUAUUUAAAAACAUUUGAACUUUUAUACAAGUGGUUUUAUAGGCUAUUCCUCUGAAGUAUAUGAAGUGGCAGUGCAUUGAGUCACAUUGAUUUUAGUCACAUAAUUGUCACUUUGGCACAUCAGCUGACGUAAAACUGAUAUUUGAAUAACGUGCUUUUGCCGCCAUGGACAUUUUAAAAAGUUCUCGCUAAUCAUUUAUUUUAUAUUCAUGUAGUAUUUGUACUGCACGAGCAGCUUUGCAAACAUAAAUAAGAUUCUGACAGAAAGAAGAGUGUGUAGCAUAGACUGUACAGAAAAGAUGGACGAUGCGUCUCCACUUCCUCCCAUUGUAUAAAAAUGAAGCCAAAAUAUCUGAAUAUGGCCGCUGCCGUCUGAUGCUGGCGACGUCAUUUGGAGCCAGACUCUGGCACCAUAGUGAUCUCCACAUUAUCGAGUUCCUGCUCAUACAUGUGUCCAAUCAAUCGCAAGCAGCGACAUUGAUUGCGAGCACACCGAUUGGCACACAUAGCUAUUGUCAUGCCCAUUUUUUUAAUAGUAUCAAAUAACUAAUUAAAACCAAAGGUAUCAGAAACAUGAACACUUGAACAUACAUGUGUGAUAAGGACUACCUAAAAUGACAGAAACCAUCUUUGGAAAAAGAUUAUAAGGCAUGUACUUCAGUGUUUUAGUUUGGCCCACGUCCAAUCCGCUAACCUGAUGGGGGCAGGGUUUAGGACAUGUACUCCAGCCAGCCACUGGGGGGCGAUGGAGGUGUUUUGGCUUCACUUUUAGGGAGCUGUCGUGUCGUCCAUCUUUAUUAGGGCACAGUCACACAUGAGCGACUGUUGACGAGUGACCAUCACCUGCUGAGGCAAUAUUCGUGCCUGUGGGACGGACACAGAAAGCUAGCUUGUUAGCCAAUGUCGGUAAAGAUUCUCAGUCAUCCAGGUCGUGGUAAUCUUAAGUGCUAUAUCAGUGCCAACUGGACUUGCUUGAGUUUCUGAAAUUGUUUCACCUCUCAUCCAAGAAGCUUCUUCAGUUCUAACAAACUGGUGCAGAGUUGCAGGCUCCAGGUUAACACCCAUUCACACCUGGACCGAUCUAACCCCAGCAACACACAAGAUGGCCGGUUGGGUCAGUGACUUAGUGCAUUAGAACUGAAGAAGCUUCUUGGAUGAGAGGUGAAACGUCUUCAAGAAACUCAAGCAAGUCUGGCUUGCUAGCUAAUGUUAGCUAUGAUGUCAUUGGUACAUUUACCAUUUUAUUAUGUCCCAAGUCUGUCACCUGACUGACUGCUAGCAAUACAGCAUCUUUCAUGUGGCACAGUUUAUAUUUUAUGGCCAAAAUCACACAGUAUCGGCAACAAUCAGUGUCCUUUCCACACAUACUCCUUUGCUAUAGGUUGAGGCUGUGACUUCGCUGGUCAGAAUUCACAAAGUUCAACUCCAUGUGAUGCCAACAUGCUUUGCAACCAGAAGCGAAUGCUUUAUUUGCAGCUCUGCUCGCACUGAAUUGAAGUGAGUGGAAGGUGAAUAUUCACUGGUGUGUAUUUUGCUCAUGUGUGACCGUGCCCUUACACAGUCUACGGUCUGUGAACUAAAAGCCUGUAACAUUAUUUCGUUGAGUUGUCCAAAGCAGUGGUUCCCAACUGGUGCAGCCACAGGGUCCAGAUUUCUCCUCAGUCAGUAGUUCAAGGCCCAUUUUGAAAUACAGUGAAUUUCUGGCAUAUAGCUUUUAUUUCAAAACCCCAUUUCCUGCUGUAGAGUCAAUGACUAACGGACUAGCUUGACACCUUCUCAAACCACUUGCAGUCCGUUCAGAAUGGACCUGUGACCCACCAGUUGGGAACCACUAGUCUAAGGAACACCAAAAAUUACUAUCUCUGGACUCCUGACUCUGCAACAACUUUUUGGGACAAUCAUCAUUUUGAUAUUAUUGAUAAUCACAAAGAUGAAAAUAUCAGUAUUAAUUUCCUCUUGUUUGACUUUUUUAUGAUUAUUCUUAAGCGUAAAAUGUGUCACGCAGUUGGGUGUCCAUAGAGAGCGUCAUUUCUGAUGUUCCAUGGACAACAGGUUCUUAUCAGAAUAAUAUAGCUUCAGCUAUUGCAUAUGAUGCCACAACUGUAAACUGAUUUUAUUAUUAUUAUUUUUAUUAUGUUUGUUUCAUGUGUGAGUUACUGAUCAUGCAGACACACACAGCGUAUGUGUGUGUGACACACAGUAUGUGUGUGAAUUCACCACAGUCUGUUCUGUUUAAUGUGCUUCUAAUAGAGUAUUUUGUGUUUCUUCUUCACCCACUGUUGUGACUGUUCCCUUCGUGGCUUGACAGCGCUUCUGCUGCAUUUCUUAUCUCAAGUUAGACCAAUUAUAUUUUCAAAAUAGGAGCUUAAUUGGCCUAUUCUGAAGUCAACUUAAAAUAGUCUCAUGUUGCCUAGAAACAUUAGCGCCAGACUUUAGAUACUCUUGCUAAGCCUUAUAUCAGUCAAAGUACUGAAUUAAAAAAUGGAAUUAACUGUUCAGCCAAGGAAGGGGAGGUUUGUGGUUUAAUGUGUUAUGACUUUCAAUCUGAAUGAGUUCAAAGGGUGUUUGCAUGUGCAGUAUGAAGUUAUUUUCCGUAGGAACAAUACUGUGGUGGUUUUCUUUCUCUUUGCCAAUUCUUCAAGAAUUCUUUGCACUUUAGUGACAGCAGGGGAAGUGAAAGGGUUACGAAUGGUUUAUUUACAGUGCAAGGUUUCAGUUAUGUGUGUGGGAGAAUUUCAUUUCUGCAUUCUUGAACAGCUUUGCAAAAUGUAGCAGUGCCCGCAAACUUUGCAAUCAUCGAGUCGACAAGCAACAUCUAUCGCUAAGAUUAAUGGACUUUUUAUGCAGAUAAAAUGUAAGAUACUGCAGAUUAAAUAUAAAAAGCGUAUAUGCAUUAAUCUUUGAGUUUGUGAAUUAUAUGGUGCAUUUUAUGGUCCACUGCAUAUUUUCAUUUUGACUGAUUUUGAAUAAGUAGGCCUGUAAUGCAGUGGACAUGCAGUACACCUAACCAUAAAGAUAAUUAAUAUUUCAAAGGUCUUGCUUUAACAUGUGUUCAGUAUAUAUAAUAUUGUUUAAUAUACUAAGUUAUCAAUAGAGAAAAGAAAUGCUAAAUUAUAAUAAUAAUAAGAUAACAGUUAUUAGUCAUCUGAUUCUGCAAAGCACAAAGUCCAGAUAAAAGGGAAAAACAGAAGUUGGAUGCUUUUUGUCAUUUUCUGUCAGAUAAAUCAA